AGCCACAGUCUACCAGUGCACGAGGAUGAGGAGGGUCACCGCGCGAGCUCUGGUCAUCCUGGUGGGGGUCUGUGUGACGGCCUCUGAGGACCACCGUGGACCAUGUACCAGCCCUGUUUGGAUGCUGCCAGCACCGAGGAUCAGUCAUUUACAGCCUUUAAGUGAUGAGAAAACUCUCAGAGUAAGAUGGAUGUUGAACUGCAGUGACGUAGUGGUGGAUUUUUAUGAGAUCCAGGUCAGCCGCACUGAAUUCCACACCAUUAUUUACAGUAGAAAUGUGAGUGCAUGGUCUGCGGAGUCUGAGAACUACACACUGACAUGGACGUCUGCCGUACCUCUGAACUGUACGGACCACUCCGUCAGGAUACGAGGUUUCUACAGGCAGUCUGGACCCAGUCCUUGGAGCGACUGGGUUACCAAUAAAGGAACGGAACCAGAGGAUAAGAUGAAGGUGUUCCCCUCACAGAGAUUCCUGAAGGAGGGGACCAAUGUCACGCUUUGCUGUGUUCCUCAACGAGGCGCCAAUAUCACCAACAUGGCCAUCUAUCUGAAAAACUAUUCUGUUAUCAGCCUCGGAACCAGAGUCAAGGCUAUUACUAUACCAAACGUCACCUUCCCAACCACACCUAUUAAAGCUUGGUCACUGACAUGCAAUGACAAUGACAAAGAAAAAUACUGGUUCCCUGUCAGCUUUCCCCCCCAGAAGCCCAGAAACCUGAGCUGUGAGACAUCAGACAUGAAGACUGUCAGGUGCAGCUGGGAUCCAGGCCGACCACGACACCCAUUUGACCUCAACAAGCAAACACGUACUCUGCACAUAGAGAACUCUGCUGUGGCUGCCGUCCGCUGUGCUGUGUCAUCGUGCCGUUUCCCAGUGGUCCCACAGUUGGAAGAGUACAACAUCCGGGUAGUGGUGAAGGACAACCUAGGAGAAGAGACUGAGCGCUACAGAUUCAACCUCUCUGACAGAGUGUUUCCUGUUGUGGACUGGGACAAAGUGAGCCCCAGAGUGACCGAUGCCACAUUGUCCUGGGUGAUUGAAGGGAAACUAACUGACUCCAUGCCCGUUGUGUGUCAAGUCACCACCAGCCCAGACAGGAGCACUGAGGUGAGCUGUCAGAAUGGGAGCAGCCUUUGCCAAGUCAGACUGGAUCAUCUGCUUCCCAGUACCCGUUACUCCGCCAAGGUCCGCUGCUCUGUCAACGGCAGGUUAUGGGGUAAUUGGACAUCAGUUCAAGACUUCACCACCAACCCACUGGUGACUCUGAAUAUCUGGAGGAUAAUACAGAAGCUGGACCACCCACACAGUCGUCAACUUACCCUCUUGUGGAUUCCGCAUGUUACUGGCUCAGGCGCCAUCCACAUCAUCAAGGGCUACGUGGUUCAGUGGUCUCAAAAAGACCAAAACAUGACUGAACAGGUGGAUGGUGGACGGACUCAGACACAAAUGUCCAUCGGUUCAGAACGGUGUGAUUUGACUGUGACAGCUGUGGUCAGCAGCGGCGCCUCUGUUCCCGCUCACAUCACCAUCCCACAAAUGAACGACACAGGAAUACUCCCAGUGGAGAAGAGGCUGAAGGAUGGCUUUACCAGUCUGUCCUGGGACAAGUGGGACAAGGCCACCUGUGGAUACACAGUGGAAUGGUGCAUUCAGGGACAUGUGAUGCCUUGUGCUCUGCAGUGGAUGAUUGUGGCAGAUGGAAACAACACACUGCUUCUACCUAAUCUUGGACAUUUCAAAGCUGGAUAUCGGUACACAUUUAACAUCUACGGAUGCACAGAAGACGGACACCAUCACAUAGAGAUACAGACUGGAUACUCUCAGCAGCUCCAAUCCAUAGCGUCACCAAGUCUUGUGGAACCUGUUCAGACCACUUCCUCAUCUGUGACGCUGCAGUGGCUUUACGCUGAGGAUGACCCUGCCCAUCCGGCCUUCAUUACAGGUUACUCGGUGACGGUGCAAGAAUCAGGAUAUGAUAGGUCUCAGGGUCACACAGGAAGAAAUGUGUUCAGAGUGACGGUAGCUGACGCCCACAUGAAGUCUGUGACCAUAGAGGACCUGCAGCAGAACCAGGAGUACAUCUUCUCUGUGUGUGCUCUGAGUGAGGCAGGACCUGGACAGACAUCCACCAUCAGCAUCAGGACCAGAGCCAACUACUCCUCUCACAUGGCCAAGAUCCUGAUACCCUCUCUGUUACUGCUGGCCUGUGUCAUUCUUCUGUGGCCCCAGAGGAAAAGGCUGAAGACCAGAUUGAUGGAGGUAUUUGCUUAUCCUGCUGGUAUGAACAUCAAAACUCGGGAGCUUGAGAGGUUUCUUUACGAGACUCAUGACAGGAUCCAGACAACCCAGACUGUGGAGGAAUGUGUGAGCUGUAACAUCGAGAUCCUGAGUGUCAAACCACCUGUCAGUGAAAUACGCACAGAUUCUGAGCCCCUGAAUGCACCACCAUCCUCCCCGUCCUGUUCUUCAUCCUACAGGUCUUUGGGCAUCUUACUCCAAGCGGACUAUUGUCCACAGCCCAACCUUCAUCAAACAACAUGCAUUACAAACCACAGUUACUUUCACUUGGGGAUAGACGGAGUCUCUCUACUGAAAAAAUGAACCCCAUCAAACCUUCAUUGUGUUGGUUUACAUAUUCAUACUUAUCCAGGGUACUAUAUAAACAUCCUCUGGGUGUAAACAAAUGAUUAUGUAAGUCAACAAACCUUUGCUUUGUUCUGAUGUGAUCUUAUAUAUUUGUUUUUGUGUCCCAAAAAUUAAUCUAUCAAAGUUCUUAGGAGAAAGAACAAAAAAAUAUAUAUAUGUUUCUCGGAUAUGAGACUAAAAAUAAAACAAAAACUGAAAACGAAGUGUCUUUGUUUUUCAUUAGAAAAGUAAUCCCACUUUAACAAAAUCUAACUUUGUCUCAAUGUGAUACUCCAGCACACUGGAAUCACACCAUAUAACAAUGUCCCCGGUUGAGGUCAAUAGGUCAGAUAAUGCUUCUCAGAAACCUUUGGUUUUACUUUUUGAGUGAAGUUCUCCUGAAUUUUAGUGGUGUUUUUCUUUCUUCCAUUUUUUGAAGGUUAAUUGCCUUCUUUACAUUCACUGUGGAACCCUGAAAACAUCUGUAUCCCAGGAUGCAAUUUUUGGCACCAUGAGGUGAAUCCUCAAACCUCUAUCACACAGCCUCAUGUACCUGAGCCGCAUGCAGCGCCUCAGUGACAUAUUCACAAUGAAAUUAAAUAAAUACAGUUAAAAACAGUAAUACAUACAAAGCAGUACAUGAUGACAUGAACUACAAGACAUGCAUUAAUUUAGUUAAAAGUAGUGGCUUACUCCAAGUCAUUUUAAGCAGGACAGCAUCCCUGCAUCUCCAUGGACCAGCUGCCAUGGUUCUAAGGUCAUGAAAGCACAACUUCUCUCAUUUUUCAUUGUUAUUGUUAUUGGAAGUACAAAGGAUCAUAUGAUGUUCUUGUUUGCUGAAGCUGCCAUUCUAUUAACCAUAAGCUUGCAAUGGACAUAUGUGAUGGAUGUCUCAUAUAUAAGAAACAAAAGCUCUCUGAUGAAGUAAAUGAUAUAACUGAUGUGUUUUGUUGGUGUUAUAAAUGUGUUUUUAUUGAACUCAAUCCUACCCACUGAAUGCUAUUACAUUAAUCAUCUGAUAAUGUUUUACAGGUGGAAAAUUGCAUGUGAAUUAUUCAUAAUCACU